GUGCAACUUAUGGCAAAAAUACUGGUUUACACACAAAAUCAUAGUGACAUACAGAGUCAUGUUUCUCUAAUGUUCUAUACAGCGGCCGUUUUACCUACAUCUGUCACUACUCACGAACAAGACUUGUACUAGAGGCCAGCGUUGAGGUCGCCGCUGCCGAUAGAGGCGCCUCUGCCGAUAGACACCACCGCGAGAAGCACCACUACAAGUAACAUUGCCCUGAGAAGUGCCGCCACGAGGUCUGUGGGGUUUUCCCUGGUGGGCGAGACUUCAUCGUGAGAUUCGCUGUUUCCACGCGAGUUGCCAUUUUGAACGUCGAUCCAAGCCCAUCCAAAAAAAAGUGACUUUUAGGCGACUCGAGAUCGGAGAAGGAGAAGAAGAUUUUAGACUCGAACAAUCUUACGGGUUGAAACGCGAUUUUGACUACCUUGGUUAGCUCGUUUCAUUCCCUCAUUCUCCGAUUCCACAAAGCUCGUUUCUUUUCCUCAUUCCUCGAUUCCACAAUGCAAAGGGUAACCCCAAACUGCACAAUUUGGAGGGGCAUAGCCUCUAAGAAAUGGGCUUCGAUUGGAUUCUCUAGGACGUCGAAGUUCGCCUCUGGGUUCAACCCUCUGCAACCGAAACCUUUGGAUUCUAUUGUAGAUAUCCAGAGGUUGAAAGAUCGAUAUCCUGAAGAUAUUGCUUCUAUUUGGGAUGAUCCGAUACUUUGUGAUUCCUUUGUGGAGGGGAAGUGGAUACACUACAAUGUUUGUUCAAGGGAUGAUAGAAUGUGGAAUGAUUGGAUUUUAUCGUGUAAACUUGUUGCUCGAGUUUUGGUUGUCUAGCAUCAGUUAAUCCAAUUAGAGUGGAUUUGAAGAAACAAAGAAAGUCAACAAGCAAUAGGAAACACCAAAAACAUAUUGAUAGUGCUUUAGAUGAACAAGAUGCUAUAAUUGAAGAACUUGAAGAACUUGAAGAAGAGUUAUCUGCAUUGCAGGUUGAGUUGCUUGAAGAGAAGAAUAAAGAUGUGAAAAUUACAAUGACUUUGCAUGUGAGGGAGAAAUUUUGUAGCCAUGAAACUAUUAUGGAGGAAGGAGUACGUCGAAAGCAUUUUAAAAGCAAAGCUUGUAGAAAUAGUCCAAAACUUGAUUGAUUUGUGUAAUUUGUUAAUAGUGCAGUAUUUAGUACAUGUUGAAGUAUGGAUAGUUGUAUUUGGAACAAUUAUUUUGAUUGUUAAUAAAUAAAGAUAGUGGUUA